UAUUGGUAGAACCAAAGAUAAACUCAAACACAUUUGAAGAAGAAGAAAGUCCAUCAGUUGUCCAACUUAAAAAAAACUCAAACCAUUUGAAAAUUCCUGAAAUUAAAACACAGACAGAUAUGACAGAGGUGACCUCAGUUGAAAAUGGUUCAGCACAGGAAGAAGAGCCUCUUGUCACUCCAGAGGAAAAGAUGGAUAUCAGUGAAGAAGAAUUAAAGAAAACACAAGAAGAUUUUCAAGUAGAAAGUGAGGCAAAUUCUACUGUCCGCCACUACAAAAGAAACUCAAGUACAAGCUCAUUAACUAGUGGUCACAUAAGGGGACGACGGAGACAUGGUGGAAUUUCUGGAGGAUACAUUAAUAAUUCAAGGAAUGAGUCUGGUAGACAUGUCUUAGAACCUGGAAGUGAAUCUCCCGCUUGCUCAUCUGUAGAAACACCACAUGACUUGUUUAUAGAGCUUCAUCAGUUAGAGUAUUGCGAUGGGCAAGGUCAGGUUUGGAAGGAGAGGGCAAGGUGGAUUAAGUUUGAGGAGGAUAUAGAGGAAGGCUCGGAUCGUUGGGGAAAACCUCACGUAGCUUCUCUCACCUUUCAUAGUUUACUGGAACUCAAACGUGGCUUGCAAGACCAUGGAGUUGUCAUGUUGGACUGUAAACUAAUAGAUCUGUCGGAAAUCUUUGAGACAGUUGCCAAGCAGCUAUUUUGCAGUGGUCUUAUAACGGUAGAUGGUAAGAAGAAGAUAAUGCAGAUGCUUAGUCAAAAAGUCUCGGAAUUAUACAAUAACCGUGGCAACGUGAAAACAAGGAGACAUCGUAGGCACUCGUAUCCCCUUGAACCCAGACAAGGUCGAGAGAGACGAGGGAGUGUGUUCCAUCGACUGUCCACCAAAGGUCAUGAUCACCAUCAGCUUCAGGCAUUCAAUGGAGACUACACAUCCAUACCAGUAACAGUGGACUACUGUCAGACUUCGCACAUACCAAAAGACUCAAGAGAAGGUAUCAUGCGCAAGAUACCGGAAGAUUCGGAGGCUGCGAUGGUGAUGAUCGGUGCCGAUGACACCGAGACACUGGAUGAGUCUGUGAUGGCACUUGUUCGUUUAACAAAACCAACAGUUUAUCAAGGUUUCACGGAAGUUCCCAUUCCCCUGCGAUUUCUAUUUAUUUGUUUUUGUAAAUCAAGGGAACGAGAAGCGUAUUUUGAGAUUGGGAGAUCACUGUCAACAUUACUGUCAGAUCCUUACUUUCGCAAGAGUGCAUACAGAGCAACCAGCUGCAAUGGGAUUCUAAAAGGAAUUGAUCGCUUUUUGGAUCGAACCAUGGUGCUACCUCCGGGGGAGUGGGAUAGAGAGCUGUUAGAACCGAUCUUGAGGCAUCGCGAGAAGACUCAACAUGCUCAAAAUAAAGCCAGGUCUGAGCGUUUUAGCAGUGCUCGUCUUUCAGAGUCUGAUAUCAAGUCAAUAUUGGAAAAACAACGGCAGAAAGAAGAUGCUGGCUCAAAUUUCUUGAAAAGAACUGGAAAAGUGUUUGGUGGUUUAGUGAAUGAAGUGAAACAAAGAUAUCCGUUAUUUAUUAGUGAUAUUAAGGAUGGUUUAAAUAUACAGUGCCUUAUUUCAUUUAUGUGUUUGUACUUCGCCUGUAUCGCUCCUGCAGUUGCAUUUGGUGGACUUCUGGGUUCAAAAACACUUGAUGUAUUAGGCGUCUCAGAGAUGAUAAUUUCAACUGGUUUGUGCGGGAUGAUUUUUGCAAUAUUUUCUGGUCAGCCGCUGAUUAUAAUUGGUGCUACUGGCCCUAUGUUGGUUUUUGAAGAAAAUUUGUACAAGUUUUGUGAUGAUUUAGAAGUAGAUUUUCUAGUAUGGAGGGUGUGGAUUGGUUUAUGGAUCCUCGUCAUAGCAUUGGCAGUCGUUGCAGCUGAAGGGAGCGCCCUCAUUCAUUACUUCACACGAUUCACGGAAGAAAUAUUUGCAACGUUGAUUUCCCUUAUAUUCAUAUAUGAAACUUAUAAGAGUCUGUAUUAUGUUGUAGAUAAAAAUCCAUUUCAGAUGGAGUAUUGCAGCUCGUCACAUACCAACUGCAGUGAUAUAUUGAACACAUCAUAUGAAAUUCUUGAAGAAAUCAUCGUACUAGACAACGAUCGUCAGCAUGAAUUCACAGAAUUACCCACAGUGCAUCACUCAGAGCCAUCACACAAGGAUCAUGAGAAGGAUGAUCACGAUCCGUACCCAAACACAGCCCUUCUCUCAAUCAUUUUAACUUUAGGAACUUUUUUUGUAGCUUAUUUUUUAAGGAAUUUUCAAAAUAGCACCUUCUUAGGAAGAACAGUAAGUUAUUAAUUUUUAUUUUGUUUA